AUGAUUUCUCCGAUUUUCCGAGAGAGUUACAGCUGGUCCCGAGAGAGGUACAGAUCCGAGAGUGGUACAGCUGGUCUCGAGAGAGGUACAGCUGGUCCCGAUAGAGGCACAGCUGGUCGUGAGAGGUACAGCUGGUCUCGAGAGAGGUACAGCUGGUCCCGAGAGAGUUACAGCUGGUCCGAGAGAGGCACAGCUGGUCCGAGAGAGGCACAGCUGGUCCGAGAGAGGCACAGCUGGUCCGAGAGAGGCACAGCUGGUCCGAGAGAACAGAUGAUCCGAGAGAGAUCCAGCUGGUCCGAGAGAGGCACAGCUGGUCCCGAGAGAGGUACAGCUGGUCCGAGAGAGGCACAGCUGGUCCCGAGAGAGGUACAGAUGAUCCGAGAGAGAUCCAGCUGGUCCGAAAGAGUUACAGCUGGUCCCGAGAGAGGCACAGCUGGUCCGAGAGAGAGCACAGCUGGUCCCGAGAGAGGCACAGCUGGUCCCGAGAGAGAACCAGAAACAGCAGCAACAACAAUAACAGCCACAGCCACAGCAAUAUCAACCACAUCAUCAACAACAACAGCAGCAGCAAACAACAUCAGAACCAGAAACAGCAGCAACAACAACAACAGCCACAGCCACAGCGACAGCAAUAUCAACCACAACAACAGCAACAACCGUAGCAAACAACAUCAGAACCAGAAACAGCAGCAACAACAAAAACAACAACAGCCACAGCGACAGCAAUAUCAACCACAUCAACAACAACAGCAGCAGCAAACAACAUCAGAACCAGAAACAGCAGCAACAACAAUAACAAACAACACCACAGCGACAGCAAUAUCAACCACAACAACAGCAACAACCGUAGCAAACAACAUCAGAACCAGAAACAGCAGCAACAAUAACAAUAACAGCCACGGCGACAGCAAUAUAACCACAUCAACAACAGCAUCAGCAAACAUCAGAACCAGAAACAGCAGCAACAACAACAACAAUAACAGCCACAGCGACAGCAAUAUCAACCACAUCAUCAACAGCAACAACAGCAUCAGCAGCAUCAGCAUCAAUUCCUGGCGCAUCCAUUUCCAGUCCUGUUCCCAAUCUCCCUCCUGCUUUCCCUGA